CAAAGAAAAAGAGAGUCUUUGGUCUAAGAAAGAGUGGUUACCAAAUCCAAAAGGAGUUGAAGAAUUAAAAUGUUGAAUAUAUUCUGACUCUGAGCAAAAUUCAAAAGCGAGUUUGGACCCUCUAUAAUAUAUGGUAGAAGCUUAAUUUCUUCUCUUCUUCCACCAACUUGGAUAGCUGAUAGGAGUAGUACUUUUCUUGUGAUAAAAAGAGUCCAAGCGGUUGAACAAAAUCACGGGUCCAACUACUAGAAAUACAUAACCAAAAAAGAAUUCAAUGGCUGUUACUUAGCUCUGGGAGUUAAAAAUUGAAUCUUGAAAGUUCUGUAACCCAUUUGUAAAGGGUGGAAAAUGAAGUGUUUCUUUUACUUUAAGGAUAGAAAUAGAAAUAGGGAAAGAAAAUCAGCACCAGUUGUACUUCAAGAUCUGAGCAAAUCAGAUAUAUCAGGUGGUGGUGCAGAAAGGGUGACUAAGUCUUCAUGUUCAACUUCUUCUCCUCGUAGCUUCUCUGAUUUGUAUGAAGGGAAAGCUCAGAACUUGAGGGUUUUUACAUUCUCUGAGCUUAAACAAGCAACUAAUAAUUUUAAUAGAUUACUUAAGAUUGGAGAAGGAGGUUUUGGAUGUGUAUAUAAGGGUACUAUUAAGCCUGCUGAUGGGAAGGGUGAAUCAACUGUUGUUGCCAUUAAGGUCAUAAACAAUGGGUAGCAGAAGUGCAGUUUCUGGGAGUGGUAGAUCACCCAAAUCUCGUCAAACUAAUAGGAUAUUGUGCCGUUGAUGGGGAAAGAGGUAUUCAGCGGCUACUUGUUUAUGAAUUCAUGUCCAACAGAAGCCUAGAAGAUCAUCUCUUCAAUACCGCUUUUCCUCUUCUUUCUUGGAAAAGAAGACUGCAAAUGGCUCUUGGAGCAGCUGAGGGACUGGCUUAUUUGCAUGAAGAAUUGGAAGUUCAGGUGAUAUAUCGUGAUUUCAAGUCAUCAAAUGUACUUUUGGAUGAUGACUUCAUGCCAAAGCUUUCAGACUUCGGGCUUGCCAGAGAGGGCCCAACUGGCAUGCACACACACGUCUCUACAGCGGUUGUCGGAACAUGGGGAUAUGCAGCACCUGAUUACAUAGAAACAGGACAUCUCACAGCUAAAAGUGAUGUGUGGAGUUUUGGUGUUGUAUUGUAUGAGAUCCUAACCGGUCGGCGGUCCCUAGAAAGGAACAGACCGAAAUCAGAACAUAAACUUCUGGAGUGGGUUAAACGUUACCCUGCUGAUAGCCGGAAAUUUGGUAUGAUCAUGGAUCCAAGGCUGGAGAACCAGUAUUCGCUCAAUGCAGCUCGAAAGAUUGCAAAGUUAGCUGACACUUGUUUGUUAAAAUCUGCAAAAGAUCGACCAAAGAUGAGUCAGGUAGUAGAAACUCUGAAGCAGAUCAUUCAGAUUUCUGGUGAGAAUAGCUCCACAGACACGAGUUUCCAGUGUGUCGAAGAUGAACCUGUUGUAGAGGAAAAUCCAAAGCAGACAGGAGCCUCAGAAUCAACGAAAAGGCGAAUGGCUCACUUGGCUAAACUUAGUGAACAUGUUGGUGGAAUAAGCAGAAGAAGAUUUAUGAUCAUGCAGAAGGCUAAAGUUAUAUAAAACAGUUUUUUUUCCCCUCCUGCAUAUCAGAUAUCAAGUUGUUAAGAAUUCUGGUUUAUGGAAUGAGAGAACAUAGUAACCAGUUUAACGAGUAAAUGAAGCAUUGUUAUUUCAACUCAUUAGUGGCAAUGACUAGAGGCACCAAUCAGUAGCGUGGAGUUUUUUGCAUGCCAUCAGAUUAUGCAUUUGCAUUGUAGGCCAUUAUUCUGAUUUAUCAGGAAAAAAUAUUGCAGGCCACUAUUCUCUUGUGCAUCUUUUGUUAGCUAUUAUGUAAUUUAUUUAUUUACUUUA